AAGAGGCCACCCCGGUCCCCGUCCCCCACCGAGAAUAUUUGGAUGAAAUUGAAAUAGCUUUCGAAUCCCUCACAAUUGAUUCCUGAAUUUGCUUCCUAUUCCCCGUUGAACUCAAAUUUCUCCAUCUUUCUCAAAUUUCUUCUCUCUCGCUCUUCCUUGGCUUCUCCUGAAUCGCAACGGCAGCAAGAUCACGGACGAGUUUCCAGGAUUCUUCUUCUGAUUCGGAAGAAUGUCUCGUGUUCGGAAUUACAGUUCUGAAGGAGUAAUGGUUAAUGAAGAUUAUUGGGCCUCCAUGAAUAGAUAUAAUUUCAGAAACCACCAUCAAAAGACAAGGAGCAAUCAUUACGAUCAUGACUAUUGCAAUCAUUUUGAAUUCUCAGGGCAGUAUAAAGAGCUGGUUGAUAGGUCUAAUUAUGUGAGGUCCGAUACUUUGAACUCCAUUAGGCCUCAUAACUCUCAGUCUUUUAAGAGGAGGAAGUUUUCUGCUUCACGUUGGGAGGAUAGCGCGAGAUACCAUUGGCAAUCAAGGACGUAUGAUAAUGGACCUUCAAUCUACGGCAAUUUUAUCUAUCCUCCUCCAAGAUCCAACAAUGAUGUUUCUACAUCUGCCAGCUGUAAACGAGAUCGCUCAAUAAUGGAAGAUGAUGAGCCUUAUUUUAUGUCCAGGGAUGAGAUUGAGAGAUGUUCACCUUCAAGAAAAGAUGGUAUCGAUACAAUACGUGAAACCCAUCUGCGGUACACAUAUUGUGCCUUCCUUCAGAAUCUUGGUUUGCAGCUUGAGUUACCACAGACCACCAUUGGCACUGCCAUGAUUCUAUGCCAUCGGUUUUUUGUUAGAAGAUCACAUGCUUGUCAUGAUAGAUUUUUGAUUGCUACGGCUGCUCUUUUCCUUGCUGCAAAGUCUGAGGAGACACCACGACCUUUGAACAAUGUUUUGCGAGCUUCAUGUGAAAUUCUGCACAAACAGGAUUUUAAUCUCUUAUCUUAUAUGCUCCCUGUUGAUUGGUUUGAGCAAUAUCGCGAAAGAGUAACUGAGGCUGAGCAAUUGAUACUGACUACUCUAAACUUUGAACUCAACGUACAACAUCCAUAUGCUCCUCUUAUGUCUGUUCUAAACAAGAUAGGUCUUUCACAGUCGAUCUUGGUGAAUCUUGCACUGAACUUGAUCAGUGAAGGGCUAAGGAGCUCACUUUGGCUUCAGUUUAAGCCUCAUCAGAUAGCUGCCGGAGCUGCAUAUCUGUCUGCCAAGCUAUUGAAUGUGGAUCUUGCUCCUUAUCAAAAUAUCUUGCAGGAGUUCCAAGCAACGCCAGCUAUUCUCCAAGAUGUGGCCCAGCAAUUGAUGGAGCUCUUCUAAAGGGAAAAAGCUCUGGACAGUAGUAUGAAGCCAAGCAUGGGAGGACUUUUUAACAUAUUUGUGAUUUUACGUGGUCUUAAAUAAUAUAAUAGUUGAAUCCUGACAAUUGUGCUUAGGCUACAGCAGAGGCUUACAUGGUAACUGUGUUGGAACUUCAAGAUUCAACAUGAGUGAGUGGGUUCGCAAUUCCUUUGCAAUGCAUUUGAUACUGAUGAGUGUUUUAGAAGUAGUACAGUAGGAAGGAAGACAUGUAUUGAAUCGGCAAACGGAUGGUUAUAUAGAAAAGCUUACACUUAUGCUCUGUUUUGUCU